GAUAGAAGUUAUUUCAUGUAACUUUCUGUUCAAAGCAUUAAUUAACAUUCUAUGAAUUUUUUAAUGUAGUCUCUUGUUGCAUAUCUUGUGACACGUGACUGUCUUCGUGUAAAGACAUGUUCGUUUUUCUUUUGAUAAACGAAAGACCUGUUCGUGUAUUCUGAUGUAUGUGACUAAAAUAUUCGUUUAACGGAAAUCCAAACAUGCAUGAAUUUCACGACGUAAGGAAAUAUACAUGCAUGCGUGACUAAUCAUGCAUGUAGACCGCUUUACGUCGUCGAGUUAGUCUUUUGAUGAUGAUAAGAAUAUUAAUCCCAAUCCAACUACCAGAAAAGGAAAAUUUCUAAUCAAUCUAUAUAUAUAUAAGAACCGAAGCUGAGUGUGUGUUGUUGUUCAUGAUGCAUAUCUAAACUGCAUAGAAUUUUGUGUUUGGUGUUUUUGGUGGAAUAAUGGAAUCAGUUCCUAUUCACCGUGAGCAUUAAGCGGAGGUUUCAAGCUGAUUUUCUGCUCUUCCAGACACACAUGUUCAUUCACCUUCUUCCAAUUUAGCAAACAGAUUUGUCAUUCGUUGCGAAAUUGAGCUGUUUUUGAGUGUGGGAAUCAGCUCAAUUUGUUUGAUUCAUUCUUUGUUUCUCUGCACCCAUUUCAAUUUUAAUGGAGGCUGGAGAAACGCAGGGGAAGAGGACUGAAUUUCAGGUUCCUUGGAUCCCAGCCACACCUUCAAAGCCCAUUCAUCCAAAAUCAGCUCCGAUCUGCACUUCUGGUGAGGGGGAGGGGAAUGGGAACGGCGGCGGCUCGUACCCUCAUUUCAAUGGGUUUUUUGCAGGUUCUGACCCUGCUGGAGACAAUGCUCUUCACCGCCGGUCAGCUCCACCUGCAGCUCCGGCCGCCAACAUUCCCGAUCACAAUGCCCAGAGUCAAGUGCCCAUACCGUUUGACAACAAUUCCAGCUCAGGAUUUGGGAUAUUUGCUGGUUUUAACCCCGCCGGAGUGGAUGGCCCUCACCGCCGGUCAGCGCCACCUGAAGCUCCGGCCACCAACAUUGCCACUCACAAUGCCCAGAGUCAAAGACACAUACCGUUGGACAUCAAUUCCAGCUCAGGAUUUGGGUCAUUUGCAGGUUCUGAGCCCGCCGGAGCCGAUGGUCCUAACCACCGGUCAGCACCACCUGCUGCUCCGGCGACCAACAUUGCCGAUUACAAUGCCCAGACUCGCGUACCAGUCUCGUUUGACAACAGUUCCAGCUUAGGAUUUGGGUUAUUUGCAGGUUUUGAGCCCGCCGGAGCCAAUGGUCCUAACCGCGGGUCAGCGCCACCUGCAGCUCCGGCGACCGACAUUGCCGAUCACAAUGCUCAGUGUCGCGUACCCGUAUCGUUUGACACCAAUUCCAGCUCAGGAUUUGGGUUAUUUGCAGGUUUUGAGCCCACCGGAGCCAAUGGUCCUAACCGCAGGUCAGCACCACCUGCAGCUCCGGCCACCAACAUUGCCGAUCACAAUGCCCAGAGCCGAGCACCCGUACCGUUUGACAUCAAUUCCUCAGGAUUUAGUUUUGCUGAGUUUCUGGCCCAGGCAAAUGCUCCGCCGCCGGCGGCAUAUUCCAAUGCAACACAAGGUGGAUUUUUUGUGAACCAAUUUAUGCCUACUUGGAAUUGGAACUCUCAGUUGAACCAGGGAUAUACACCAAUUGGCCAGCGUCAUUUCCCUCAGGAGCUACCAUUGAUCAACACCAUCCAUGGCAAUUACCAGGAUCCUCAAGGUACACCAUACUUUUUGUAUAACACCAGUUCUCAGGUUGCCCCACCUGCUCCAAAUAUGGCCAUCACUGCAGAAAGCAGCCAAGUUGCGGCCACACAGUUGAGUAUGGCGACAGGAUUGAGUUUGGAAGUAAGGGACCAGGGGGGAGAGACAAACGUCCCAGCAACAGACUGCAACAAUCAACACAACAAACUCUAUGACCCUGAUCAGAAUAAGGAAAUAGGCCAAGGUAUUGAUCUGAAUAGAACACCUCAACCAAAGCCAAAAAGAAAAAAGCAUCGCCCGAAGGUCGUCAGAGAAGCCAAACCCAAAAGUACUAAGACGCCAGCCACCCCAAAGCCUGAAAAGAGGAAGAAUGCAGGCAAAGGAUUGAAAUUGGAUUCCCCUCAAACUGAAGUGGCAGGGGAAGGGGAUAAACUAAUUCCAGAACCUGUCAAAAAGACAUGUAGGAGGCCCUUAAACUUUGACUUGGUUGAGCAACCAAUGGAUGGAAAUUCUGCAAGAAGAGAAAAUGCAACUACACAUUGGAACAGAGAAAUUGGUGUUCAGGUCAAGGAAACACAGGUUUUAAAUAGCUACAUGUCAUUACAAGAAGAUUCACAAACCCCAAGUGCCGAUCUUUCAAACGGCAAUUCACUUGGGUCCAAGCCAAAUGCCAACUAUGUAGAGAAUGGCAACAAAAGGGGUUGGCUGAUUGGUCAGGAUGGACAUGACAAAUUACUAUCAGCAGCAGCAGCACAAUCAAAACAACAUGACUCCAACAACAGUUACAGUCAACUUUUGGCCACAAGAUUGCAAGUAGUUGGUUCCAAGAGAAAACAAUCUGGUGCCAUUGAACAUACAGAUAACAGCAGCAUCAAUCUGAUUGGGACACAAUACAAUUCUUUGCAGGGAUACCUCCCAAAGUAUUUGGUUGAAUUUCCAAAUGUUCAGAAGAAAAGGAGAAGUGAAAAGGGGAAAAUUCCCAACACAUUUUCCAUGACUGCCACAGCAAAUGUACAACCAGCACCUUGCCCACAAGAAGAUGCUAGAUCAUUUACUCAUGUAUCAAGUUCUAGCUGCUGGACUUAUGGUUCUGAAUAUAACCCAGUUAUAGUCCCAGACAUGUCUACAGCAACAGAGAGAGCUAUUCAUGAUAAACCUCAGUCAUUUGAGUGCAACUUGUCUUUAGAGAAGAGGCCAACCAAAAGAAGAUCAAGAGUUCCUGCUAGAAUUAAUGAUUUCUCUUCACUGACCUUCGUCAGAAACUGGGAUUCCAAACUCACUCGUACUGUGAAAGAAGGCAGUUCUGAUAGACAGACAUUUGAGGAUGCAGAAAGACCACAAACAUGCAUGGAUGCUUUAGUUGCACAGAUGAGUGCGUUGCUCACCAAAAAGAAACGGAGUAAAAAGAGAAGUUCAGCAGAUCCUGGCACAAGUGAGAUGCAGCAGCACCAUACAUUUGCAGCAAAAAAUCACAGCUGGGCCUUUCAGAACUCAUUAGAUGUUGCAUGUGAAGGGAGAAGGAAAAACAUUCAUAACGGGGGCACAUUAACAGGGCGGUCUGGAGACCAAAACUUAUACAGAGAAGAUAGAGCGAUGGUGGUGUAUGGGCAGAAAGCAGUUGUCCCUUAUAAACAGCAAAAUAGAAACUACAAAACCCAAGGCACCAUGGUUCCCUAUAGUCCCUUAAAAAAACAGCGACCUAAAGUUGACCUUGAUGAGGAGACUAACAAAGUGUGGAAGCUCCUAAUGUUGGAUAUAAACAGUCAUGGUGUUGAUGGAACUGAUGAGGAAAAGGAAAAAUGGUGGGAAGAAGAACGAAAUGUGUUCCGUGGACGUGCAGACUCAUUCAUUGCACGCAUGCAUCUAGUACAAGGAGAUAGACGCUUCUCACAAUGGAAGGGAUCAGUAGUGGAUUCAGUGGUUGGAGUUUUCCUCACUCAAAAUGUCUCAGACCAUCUUUCCAGUUCUGCAUUCAUGUCACUUGCUGCUCGGUUUCCCCUAAAGCCAAGCAGCAACUGCGAAACACACGACAAGGAAAAUACAAGCUUGAUUGUCAACGAACCACAAGUGGACAUGGUAGAAGCAGAAGAAAAUGGAAAAUUGAAGGAAAAAAUAUUGAAUCUAUCUGCUUGUGAGUUGAGUUCUAUGACAGUCGACGUCUUUGAGCAUUCUGACGAAAGAGAAGUAGCUGAUAGCAAUGAUUCGUGCAGAAACAGUAGCUCAAUUACCUUAACAGAUGAAUCAAACUGCAAACUGUUGGAAUCAGCACAAAGACAUACCAGGGAACAUAGUCCAAUGGAGAGUGUUUGUCCCAUGACUGGGGAAGUGCAAGAAAAUUCAUGUAAUGGGGGUGUUAGGAGAGAGUUUAAUGAUUUAUUUUCAUCCCAAGGCUCUUUCAUUACAUCUCAAAUAUCUGGAGAUUUUUCAAUUGAUCAAAAUCCUGAGAAGAUAUCUUCAGAUUGCAACUCAGAAGUAGAAGACUUGUCAAGUACAGCCAAAUACAACAUUUAUCAUAACAGGACUUCUUUCGGUAAGCUUCUUGAAAUGGCAGGUUCAACCAUGUUACAUGAAGUCAACAGUCAAAGAAGCAAAUCAACUGAGAGCUCAAGGGAUGCAUAUGGACAAUCUGUAGCUAUGAAUCAUGACAACCUGGCAGAAAACUUGGAAAAGACCAAUUUUACUCAAGACUUCUUAGAAGCAUCAACCAUCUCAAGCAAUGAAUACACUUUAAAAGUGACCCCAGAUUCCGGGGUACUUGAUAUUAACUGCCCCAAUCCUCUUCAAAUUGAAGCCUCAUCAAGUGGCUCCUCAAAGAAUACUGAUGAAAUCAACACGAGAUUUAGUUUUCCCAUUACAGAAUCAGAAAGCCAAGCUGCAGUUGCCCACUCUCAAAGUAUCCUAUCUCAACUCCAUCUUCAGCCACAAAGUGACAACAAUAAGGUAGAUUCUGUCCCGGUAACAACAUUAAGGGGCAAGCAGCGCAAAAAAGAGAAAAAGGAUAAUUUUGAUUGGGAUAGCUUGAGAAUAACAGCACAAGCUACGGCAGGUAAACGAGAAAAAACGGAAAACACAAUGGACUCCUUAGACUGGGACGCUGUGAGAUGUGCUGAUGUCAAAGAAAUUGCUGAUGCAAUAAAAGAAAGAGGCAUGAACAACAUGCUAGCUGAACGUAUUAAGAAUUUCUUGAAUCUAUUGGUUGAUGUACAUGGAGCCAUUGAUCUCGAGUGGCUGAGAGAUGUCCCACCUGACCAAGCAAAAGAAUUCUUACUCAGCAUAAAGGGAUUGGGGUUGAAAAGUGUGGAGUGUGUGCGACUCUUAACACUACACCAACUUGCUUUCCCGGUGGACACAAAUGUUGGGCGUAUAGCGGUUCGAUUGGGAUGGGUGCCUCUCCAGCCACUGCCUGAGUCACUUCAGUUGCAUCUUCUAGAAUUGUACCCAGUGUUGGAGUCCAUACAGAAAUAUCUCUGGCCCCGGCUGUGCAAGCUAGACCAAAAAACAUUGUACGAACUGCAUUACCAGCUGAUUACGUUUGGAAAGGUCUUCUGCACAAAAAGCAACCCAAAUUGCAAUUCAUGCCCAAUGAGAGGGGAAUGUAGACACUUCGCAAGUGCUUUUGCAAGCGCAAGGCUUGCCCUGACAGGACCAGAGCAGAAGAGUAUAGUUGUCACAACUGGAAACAAUGCAGCUUAUCAGAACCCAUCACCAACCAUUCAGCAAUUGCCCUUGGCUCUCCCUGAAAACACAAACCAACCAGAAGAUCUUCAACAAACAGAAGUCACGGGACAACUUGCAGCAAAGUCUGAAAACUAUACUUGCCAACCUAUUAUUGAAGAGCCAGCAACUCCAGAGCCAGAAGAUUCCCAUGUAUCUGACAUAGAGGAUGCCUUUUAUGAGGAGUCGGAUGAAAUUCCCACCAUCAAACUGAACAUGGAAGAAUUUGCAUCGAAUUUAGAAAAUCUUAUGCAAAAUAAAAUGGAACUUCAAGAAGGUGAAAUUUCCAAGGCCUUGGUUGCUCUACAUCCAGAAGCGACGUUCAUUCCUACACCCAAGCUGAAGAAUGUGAGCCGGUUGCGAACAGAGCAUUCUGUUUAUGAACUCCCAGACUCACAUCCACUUUUGGAAGGGUGGGAGAAGCGAGAACCUGACGAUCCAGGCAAAUACCUUCUGGCUAUAUGGACUCCAGGUGAGACAGCAAAUUCUAUAGAGCAACCAGAAAGAAAAUGCAUCGCUCAGGACUUUGCCCAGCUCUGUGAUGAUAGGCAAUGUUUUUCAUGCAAUAGCUUCCGUGAAGCAGAUUCACAGAUAGUUCGAGGGACAAUCUUGAUACCAUGCCGGACAGCUAUGAGAGGGAGCUUUCCGCUAAAUGGCACCUAUUUUCAAGUCAAUGAGGUUUUCGCAGACCAUGACUCGAGUCAUGAACCUCUUAGCGUUCCGAGAGAAUGGAUCUGGAACCUCCCUAGGCGAACUGUAUAUUUUGGAACCUCCGUACCAUCCAUAUUUAAAGGUCUAACAACACCAGAAAUUCAACAAUGCUUUUGGAGAGGGUUUGUCUGUGUGCGGGCAUUUGAGAGGGGAACGCGAGCACCCCGUCCUUUGAAGGGAAGACUACAUUUCCCGGUUAGCAAGAUGCCCAAGAACAAGGACAAGACCAAGAAUGAGUCCGCGUCGGCAAACGCACAAGGACUGGAGUCAAAUCCAGAACAGCCAGCAAACUUGCAAGGAGUGAAUCCAAAUCCAGAACAGCCGGAAUUGCUUUCCAACAUUCCCCAUCUUCAGGGGAAUGGUGGAGUUUGAAGACAAAUCAUUUGUUAUUCAUAUUGUACUAUGUAUGUAAUAGCAUAGCAUAGUCAUUGUUAAACAACUUUAAUCUUGCCUUGUCAUCCUGACAGACUCGGCAGAUUUUUUUGCGAUUAGGACCAAGACUAUAGCAUGGUAGCUUAGAGAAGCGCGGUUAAUUUAUUGGCUCUUUUUGCAGCCAUAGCGCCAUUUUCAAUUACAUAUACCUUUCCCUUUUGCUCCA